AUGGGUUCCGGCGCUUCAAAACCCGUGCGCUCAGCUGCAGGCGCAGCGACACGGCGCCAAUAUCCUAAAAGUGCACCUCCGCCUCCAAAGACGCCCGCCACAGCACCGAAAAAGACAAAACAGCCAGCAGCAAACCCUACACCCUCACCUACACCUUCGUCAAAAUCCUCGCAAGCCCAAGCCCAAGUCCCGCGCCCUACACCGCAAGGCCCAACAUAUCACUCUACGGAACAACCGUCUACCACGAAGUCUAACGCAAUCGAUCUCGACGGUCGCGAUCCGGAUUUCGCCGCCUCCCUCCGCUCAAUAGGCCCCGUCGACCCGUCCGGCAACUUUUCACAUCCGAACCCAUUCAACCGCGGCACAGUCCAAACUGUCUUUCCUACAGCUUCCAAUCCCGCUCUACUAGUCGUCACUGCACGGCAACGAAUUACUAAAGCUGCGCAAGACGAGUCCAGUGCCGUUGGGAAUGUGAAUUUCGCAGGACGACAGUUCCUAGACUCCCUGACUAUCCACCAAGCAUUGACUAUGCGUGAUCAGCAGGGUUUGCCGAUCGGGGAGAUUGAGAGGAUGUUAAGAUUGAAGCAAGGUACUAUGGGGAAAUUGGGAGAGAAGGGUAUUGUCUCGCGGGCUGGAUGA